AAAUUGCACACGUAACAAACACACAAACACAUUAACAUUGUUGACAACAGCGCCAAUUUACACGCACAUAAAUCACGCAGCAAAUGUCCGUUAACUGAAGCGUCAACAACGCCGCCCUCAUUUACCGCUGUUUUGUCUGAGUCAUGGGCAGCGACGCUUUCGUGGGCGCAGCGCUGCCGCUGCUGCUGCCGCUGCUGCUGCUGCUGCUGCUGCUGCUGCUGCUGAUUUUGUGGCCCGAAAAACAUUCCAGUUCAGGCAGCUAAAAGUAUUGGACGCACGCUCUCUCACACACACACGCACUUAACAAUUAGAAAAAUGUUCGAUUUCAAUUUGGAAUUUGCGCGUGGCGGCGCCUCGUUCACCAGCGAGCUGUUCCAGCUGCUGGCCGCCGGCGGGCUCCAGCAGAACAUUGUCUUCUCGCCGUUCUCCAUACAGGCAUGCCUGGCGCUGGCCUUUGCCGGCGCCCAGGGCGAGACGGCCGACGAGAUAGCCAAGGGCUUGCAUUUUGUGUCCAAUUUCCCGCCGGAGGUGGCGCAAACCUUUCAGUUUGUGCUGCAGAAGUACAAGGACAGCGAGCUGCUGAGGGUGGCCAACAAGCUGUACGUGCAGCAGGGCAAGCAGCUGAAGGCCAGCUACGAGUCGACCAUCAAGUCGGACUACAACUCCGAGGCGGAGUCCAUUAACUUUGCGCUCGGCGCUGCGGCUGCCCAAUCGAUCAACGGCUGGGUGAAUGCCAAGACGGAGGGCAAGAUCACCGAACUGGUCACGGCCGAUAGCUUCGAUGAGAACACGCGCCUGGUGCUGCUCAAUGCCCUGCACUUCAAGGGCAGCUGGGCGCACAAGUUCGAUGAAUCGCGCACAGCCGAGGAUGAUUUCUGGAUAGCCGAGGAGCAGAGCGUCAAGGUCAGCUACAUGAAUCAGAAGGCCAAAUUUGGCUAUGGCUAUUUCGAGGAUCUGGGCUGCACCGCCAUCGAUAUGCCCUACAAGGAUUCCGAUUUGUCCAUGCUGGUGCUUCUGCCGCAGGAGCGCGAGGGCCUCAAGUCGCUGGCCGAUAAGCUAAAGAGCGUCAAUCUGGUGGACCUGGCCGCCAAGCUGGCCGUCGAGGAGGUGACCGUCAAGUUUCCCAAAUUCAAGGUGGACUACUCCAUCGAGCUGGCCGACAAGCUGCAGCAGCUGGGCAUCACGAAAAUGUUCAACGAGGGCGCCGAAUUCGAUAAUCUGCUGGAAUCGCCGGAGGGCAUUUUUGUCUCAAAGGUUGUGCACAAGGCGACCAUUGAGGUGAACGAGGAGGGCACCGAGGCGGCCGCUGCCACCGGCAUCAUCAUGAUGACGCGCAUGAUGCUGAUGCCGCUGCAGUUCCAGGCGGAUCGCCCGUUUUUGUAUGUCAUCUGGAACAAGCGGAAUAUUGUGUUUGCGGGCGCUUUUGUCAAUGCCCCGACUGCCUAAAAUCAUGCAGUAGCCCUUUAAUUUAUUAUUUUGAUAUUGAUUUUCUUUUAAAUAAAAAGCAACGGCACACAAA